UAAAAAAAAUUGGAUCCCUAAACAGAUUGAAAAAUUGAGAACAGAUUUGCUCAAUUUGGAUUUCAUGGAUGAAUCAGUAUACAAUGUGCAAUAUAGUUGGACACAUCAGUUUUACGAGGAGCACAAUGAAAGUAGUUCAAAAGAGAAGUUUUUCACUGUCUUGCUGCCGAAGUUCCUCAAAAAAUAUCCCAACUUCGAGAGGGAUAUCGUCAUUGAGAGGAGGAACAAUGACUCGAAGGCAAUUGGAAUCAUAACAUCUAGGUUCUUCGUGCCGUCUAAGUUCCUGGAUGGAAUCAGACAUCCAGAGGAAGCCAAAAGAAGACUCGGCCUUCUGGAGCAAGUGCAACAGAUCCACUUGAACACGAGCGGGUUGACAGUGAAGGUUGUGGGAUCUGUCUUGAAAGGAUGGGAGUCUAUGUUUGCUGUUAAAGAGUCCACGUGGAGAACUGUGGCUGGGGCUAUGGCUAUGUGCAGUCUACUUGUGUUCUUCAUCAUUCCUGAAAUGAGUGUUUGGGUGGCGGUUGUGAGCACCACUUCACUAGCAGUGCUCUGUACAUUGGGACUCAUGAGUGGGCUGGGACUACAAUAUAACAUGCUCUCAUAUACACAGAUACUCAUCUCAAUCGGACUGUGCAUAGACUACAUGAGUCACUCGGGCUACUCUUUCUCAGUGGAGGAGGGGACACCUCUUGAGCGGAGCCAGAAGGCACUACAGGCCAUGGGCGUGGCCCUGACCAAUGCGGCCCUCUCUUCUCUAACUGGUGUGAUGUUCUUGUCUCUCAGUUCAGUCUACGCAUUCCACUCCUGCUUCCUGUCCUUCUUAGCCCUCUUCCUACUCUCCACCCACUUCGGAGUUCUCUUUCUCCCCACUUUGUUGUCAUUCAUCGGACCCUCCUCCUCCCCCUCCUCCUCCUCCUCCACCUCCUCCUCCACCUCCUCCUCCUCCUUUUUGGUCUCUUCUUCAGAGUCAAAUGUCAAUCUUCCAGGCAAUUCAGGGAUACUUUCCUUUGAAUAG